AUGGCCAUCUCACCUGGCGAGGAGUCUGCCGUUGAUGAUUUCGCCGUUCAUCUUUUCAGGGCUCUCGGCUACACGGGCAGAGCUGUAGCUAGAACUACGAGGACAAGGAAGGACCUUCCGUUUCUGGUGUGUGGCGAAGAGAGACACGCCAAGGCGGACGUCUGUAUCAUGGAUGGUUUAGAAAUCCUCCUACUCGUCCAAGAAGACAAACGGCACCUCGACAGUUCUGAUCCAGAGCCUCAGCUCAUUGCAAAUGCAAUCGCCGCCUUCUACAACAACAAUAUCACGCGCGUUCAAGCUCUCGGUCUACCUACCCUUCAAGACAAGGUUAUCCCCCGCACCAAGAAGACACCUGCCCAAAAUAAAAGGCCUAAACAAGCAACUGUGACUUUCAGCAAUCCAUUUACCAACCCGCCCGAAUUAGAAGCCAUCAUGCGCUCGUCUCGCGAGCAGCCCAAUUGGAAAGCCGCUGAGAUGGAAGGCGAGUCUUGGGAGGGCACGGCGGAGGAGAACGUGGAGAAGUACCAGAGGAUCAUGAAUCCGCCGCCGGUGGAUUGGCCCAAGGUGAUAGGUGAUUUGACUGGAACUGGAGGGGAUUGA